CAGCAGUGGUUACGGGAAGUUGUUGACUACAUUUUUUGUUUACACUUUACACCACGGCCAUGGUUUAUUUUUUAUAACACCUACGCUAUUUGCUACUGUUAUUGUUUAGUAGUAUUAUAGUAGUAUCGUGGCUAUUGGAGUUUGAUAUUAGGAAUUCGAAGUCCCGUCCACUGGAUAAGGAGCAUUGUUGAUCCGUUUCGACGUUUGUUCAGUAGUCCAGUCCACAGAUUAGUACACACUCUCCAGUCGUCUACGGUCCGUUCGUAGGUCACCACCCACCUAGUGCUAUUUCAUAUUUUUCGGUCAGAGGUCUCGCGGUCUCGAACUUCUAGAACGAGUGAUCUGCUACGACAACUCGUAAGACCUUCUUUUAUAGGUAAUAUCGUUGUGGAAAAAUCGGCCAUGUACAACACUAGGAGUUCAAAAUAAACUUUUAAGAUCUUAUAAUUUCUUAUGAGUGGUGGUAGUCCCGGUAAUCAGUAUAAUAUCAGAAAGAUUGAAACUUACAGACAACCACAGCAACAACCACAGCAACAACAACAACAACAACAUCAAAAUCCAACAAUGACUCAUGUGGCAAAUUGUGUUACACCAAAACCAACUAGUUCAAUGAAAAGUCAAAUUCAACCACCUAUGCCCCUGCAUGAUACACCAUCAGCAUGUCCUAAACCAGUUAUUGAACCUCAAAUACCAACAACCUCGGUUACUCAGACGUCUCCAGUAAAAGAUUUUGAGAAUAAACGGAUAAAACUUGAAGAAGAAAAAUCCAUUAAUGAGAAACCAGAAGUAAAAUGGCCGGUCAAACGAAAAAUUAAUAAGAAAGAACGAAAAAAGCGCCUGAAUGCUCGAAUGCGUCGUUUAGUAUCUCCCAAAAGUCCAUUAAUGGUAUUUUCUGAGUUGUUUAAAGAUGUACCAAUUCAGUUACAAGAGCACUCAAUAAAUAAUGUUAUGGGUUACACUGCUACACUUGAGAUUGAUGGACAUAUGUAUACCGCAAAUCACGUUUCCAAGACUCAAGCCAAACAAAAGGCAUGUGAAAAUUUCUUGCGCAUAAUGUUGGCAAAAAAAAUUAGUGAGCGAUCUGAAAAAAAAGAAGAAUCUCCCAUGGAAACCGAAGUCGAAGAUGGAGAAAAUGGUAUUGUUUCAAAACCUAAAGGACCCCCACAGGAGGAUUUUCCAUGGCCACAUUUUGCUUCAUUAGCUAUGCAUAACUUAAUACAUCAAUGGGAACUGCAACCUGUUUCUAAAGCCAUUAAUUUACAAGAAGAACUACCAAAUGUCAUAAAAUCACCACCAAAAGUGAAGGCUGGUGCUAUGAGAAAGUUCCCCGAAGACCCAAGAAACUGCAAUCCAAUACAGUUGAUAAAUCAAAUGAAGCCCGGUGUCAAAUUUAUAGAAACUAUUAUUAGUUCAAAAACGCCAUCAGUUUUCCAAGUGAAAUGUGAAAUAGACAGCAUUCCAUUUACUGGACAAGGAUCAACAAAAAAAGCCGCUAAGAAGGAAUGUUGUAUUGCAGCAAUCAAAUAUUUCUGGCAAUUCGAUUUCCAUGCUAUAGAAGAUGAUUUACUCACUAAGAAAUAAACAUAUUUGUAAUAAUAUACGUUUGUGUACUAGACAACUUUAUUAGUCAACUGUAACUAUUUUGUUUUAAUAACGUUUAAGGAUAUUUAGUGGUUAUUAUUGUACGAACAUAGUAUUAAUUGUAAUAUAGAUAUUUGUUUUCGUUAUAAAAAUAUCAACUUUUAUAGUAUACUUAAUAUAUUAUAAUUGAUCAGAACCCCCAAUCCGAUAAUAAUUUAAACCUAAAAUAAAUAGGUUAUGCAUGUAUUAUAUGUCAAAAUAAACAUUUUGGCAAUUAAUUCUCUUUAAAAAAAAAAACAACUUUAUCAUAAGAUAUACUUUUAUCCUUCCUUUUUUUUUGCAAAAUUCUAAGUGUAGAACUGCCAAUGCACUUAGAGAAAAGAUUGGUCAGGAUCACUCACUCGCUCACACUGUUUAAUCUUAGGUGGAAGAGGGUGGUGGGGAAUUAUCCAGUACUCUGGACAGUAUCUCAAGGUGAGAGGAAAUUUCCAAACACCAAUACAUUUUAACAAUAAUUUGGUUCUCAGUAAUAAGUUAAAAAUUGUAUUUUUUUUAUUAUUAAUUAUUAAUUAGAAAUUGGCUAUUUCGUAUCAUUGUGCAGUUUAUUAAUAUUUCACCUUUGUGUAGAAUGUAUAAUUUUUAAUAAUUAUAAAUGUUUGUAUUUUGCAAAUUAUAUUUAGUAUGUAUAUUUCUUAAAUAAUAUUGUUUUAUUUUGAUUGAAUCAAGUAUGCCUGUUACCUAUUAUCCUAAUAUAAUUUUAAACACAUUA